AUGUACACCGCAGUUGGAACUCAACCCGAUAUCACGUUUGCCAUCUUGACCUUGUCGCAAUUCCUCAAUAACCCUGGGCACAUCCACUGGGAAGCUGUCAAACGCGUGUUCCGUUAUCUCUCAGGUACGAAGGACUUGGGACUCACCUUUGGAGGAGGAAAGGACAGGCUGGAAGGCUACACCGACACAGAUGGAGCUUCACAGGAUCAUCGUCGUGCUAUCUCAGGCUACGCAUUCUUGAUCAACGGGGGAGCCGUUUCCUGGUCUUCUCGCAAGCAAGAGCUCAUCAUGUUGUUGACUGCCAAGGCUGAGUACAUGGCUGCGACACAUGCCGCGAAAGAGGCCGUUUGGUUGUGA